GUCAGAUUCCUUAAGACAGGCGUCCACUGCGCACACGUUCAUCAGCCCAUCUAACACUUGCUCGAUACUACAAUGGAAUGGAGAGUGUCAGUUCUCAGUUCUUUACGCUUUCUUCGCCUUUAACGCUUUCACUGUUUCCCUCUUUUCCUUCCACCGAUUAACAGUACUAUAGAGCGUUAUUGAAACCCUCUCAGUGGCGAAAGAGGGGUUUUUUUAUCUGUAAAUUGUAAGCGAGGAGAGAGAGAGAGAGAGAGAGAGAGGAAAUGGAGAAGAAGGCGAUAGUGGUGUGUUCGGUUGUUGGGUUUCUAGGGCUUUUAUCUGCCGUGACUGGUUUUGCAGCCGAGGCCACGAGGAUUAAGGGUUCUCAGGUUCAAUUUACUGGUCCUACCUGUGUAUACCCCAGCAGUCCAGCUUUGGGUCUUGGAUUAACUGCAGCUGUGGCUCUUAUGGUUGCUCAAAUCAUCAUUAAUGUUACAACGGGGUGCAUGUGUUGCAAAAAAGGUGCUCAUCAAUCAAAUUCUAACUGGACGGUGGCGCUAGUCUGCUUUGUUGUCUCGUGGUUCACAUUUGUCAUAGCAUUCCUUCUGUUACUGACGGGUGCAGCACUGAACGACCAACACGGCGAAGAGACCAUGUACUUUGGCAACUACUACUGCUAUGUGGUGAAGCCCGGAGUCUUUGCUGGGGCUGCUGUACUGUCCCUUGCCAGCGUGAUUCUCGGGAUAGUGUACUAUCUUGCUUUGAGCUCUGAGAAGAACAGCGAUCCCUUGUGGCGCGGGCCUCCUCCUCCGCCCGAUCAAAGCAGCAUAGCAAUGGGACAACCAUGCCCUCCGCCAAAUGCCCAUGCCCAUGCCCAAGCCCAAGCUCCAGUUUUUGUACAUGAAGACACAUAUAUGAGGCGGCAAUUUACUUGAUUGUUUUGACAAAUCAUCCUGAAAUCACAUUAGGACAUGCCAUGGCUUAUAAAGAUAGAUACCUUAUUUAUGAAGAAGAAGAGGAAGAGGUUGGGGAAGAGGUGGAAGUGCCUCUCCUGCACUGUGGCUUGUUUGUUAGAGCUUCUAAAAUCAAUGUUUUUCACCUCUUGAAUAGGCUAGGAUACGGCGUGUAAUGUUUUGAAGAUGAUGUGUCUCUGUUACAUAGUUCACUUGAAUGAAGCUCAUCUUAUUGUUGGUGUGGUUUGUUGUUU